AUUAAAAUUUACUUUGACUUUAUUCAAAAAUCAGAAAUCUGAACUUUAAAUGUUUUUUGGGAUGAAAUUGUAGGAAUAAAGUAAAAUUAGGGCUAAGUAAACAAUAGAGUAAAAAAGAGGGUUGAAAGAGUUAUUUUAGUAAUUUUUAGCAAAAUAAACAGAGAGAACGAGGGUAUAUUUUAAUUUUAUAAAAUAAAAUCAUAAUCAUCAUACGAUUCUCUAGUAUAAAUAAAAGUUUUUUUGGUAAUUAUUUUGAUCGGCAAGUCCAAAAUCCAAAUGCCCACGCCAACGGUCGCCGCCGUCACCGCCGCGCAGUCGCCGCCGUCCUAUUAUACUGUGGAUAAUAAUUUAGCUUUAUAUGCAAUCGAGAAUCUAAAUAGAGAAUAAUGGUGUUGGCUGGAAGAGCAAGAUGAAAUGCCGAAAUACCAAAAAGCAAUCAGUUUACAGCAUUACCAAAGCCUAUUAGCAGUGGAUAUUGGGCUUAGAUACUCUUGCAGAAAUCCAAGAAAUGGCUAAUGUAGAGUCCACAAAACAUAGUAAGACUGGAAGAGCAAUCAAGACCAAGAUGAAAUUUUGGAAAUUUCCGAAGAGCAAUGAAGACCAAGAAUGGCAAUCGGUUUUCAGCAUUGCCAAAAUAUGUUUGGCCUAUUGGCAGUGGAUAUUGGGCUUAGGUACUCUCAUUCGGAAAUCCAAGAAAUUGCUCGUAGAAAUUCACAAACCGUAGUAAGAGUUAUCGAUGAAGAAAUAUCCUCUGCUGGAAAUAUGCAGAGGAACGAGCUCAAUUUUAAGAGGAAAAGAAGCAACUCAAACAACUGUCAUCAGUGCCACAUUCUGUACAGCUUGCAUACAUUCUGAUCUGGGGAAUAAAGUUAGUAUUAAGGACUUGUUCAUACCAGACUUGCAGCUUGACAUCAACAAAAAGGUCCAGUACUCAAAAUAUAUUAUUAGAGCACUUCGUCCUUCUUUUAGGAAGUUUGUUGUUGAGCAGAACAUAGAAAAAGAGCAAGAAGCAAGAAUUCAAGGUGUUUCAGUUGCGGGACUACAGCUUCCGAAAGCCAACUUUAUCCACGACGAUAAAGUCAAAUGUGACAACUGUAAGACUGCAAUAUUCGAUAUCCACAGAAGUUGUCUAAACUGCAUGUACAAGCUCUGCGUAACUUGUUGCCGAGAGAUAAGGAAUGGCUUCCAAUGGGGAAAUGAUAAAUAUCACGUUCAUCAUGGGGGUCGUACUUUUACAAGCAAUGAUAGAUUUUCUGCAGCAGCCUGUUGCUCUAUGGACCACACGAGUUUUACUUCUGAAUGGAAGCUGAUAGACAGAAGUACCAUAGUUUGUCCACCUGAAAUUAUGGGGGGAUGUGCUCAUGGGAAUCUGGUGUUAAAGUCCACAUAUCCAGAUAACUGGGUAUCGGAACUGCUAAUUAAAGCAGAGUCCAUAGAUCUCGAGGUGGGUGAAGUUUCCGAAGAAGCAUGCUCAUGUUCAGGGACUGCAGUCCGUAAUAUCCGCUGUCCCAAAGUUGUGGGCGUUGACCAAAAGCACUUCCAACGGCACCUAUAUAAAGGUGAGCCUGUGAUAGUUCCUGACGUGCUCAGCAGAACGACUGGGUUGAGUUGGGAGCCAUUAGUCAUGUGGCGUGGUUGCCGCAAAUCCAGAAGGACUAAUGACGCUCGCAUUCUGGAAUUCAGCGUAACAAAUUGUGUAAAUUGGUGCAAGGAAACUAUAAACAUGCACCAAUUUUUCAAUGGGUAUUCUGAAGGCCUCUUGGACAGUGAAGGCCGGCCCAAAAUUUUGAAGUUGGAGGAUUGGCCUCCAACUGAAUCCUUUCAAGAACGGCUGCCUCGGCAUUUUGUAGAGUUCAUUAGAUGCUUGCCGUUCAAGCUAUACACACAUGAAGCUGGCUACCUCAACAUGCCAGCGAAAACGCCGAAGAAGUCGUUGAAGCCGGAUUUGGGUCAAAAAAUAUGCUUUGCUUAUGGAGUCAAUGAGGACCUUGGCUUCUGUUCUGCAACCAAGCUUCAGUAUGCUGUUUCAGAUAUGGUCAAUGUCUUGAUGCAUACAGCUGAAACGUCUCUUAAUCCGGAAGAGCUUUCAACAGUAGUGGAGUUGGGAAGGAAGCACAUUGCCCAAGAUCCACUGGUAUUUCGUGUAAGCAAUGGGAAAGCAAAUCAAGAUGCCCCAAGAAAUCAACAAUUUGAAAGAGAAAAUAAAAAUAAAGGAAAGGAAAAAGUUGAUCCUUCAACCUCAGAAAACAACGAUCCAAGCUUCGAUGAACAAAAAUGUGGUGCUAUCUGGGACAUUUUUCGGAGGCAAGAUGUUCCUAAGCUGGAAGACUAUCUCCGAAGGCAUUACGGAGAGUUCAGGCGUGUCGUCCCUUUGCAGCAACUGGUUCAUCCUAUUCAUGAGAAAGCAUUUUACUUAACGAUGGAGCAUAAAAGGAAGCUGAAAGAUGAAUAUGGAAUUGAACCAUGGACCUUUGUCCAGAGAUUAGGCGAUGCAGUUUUGGUACCAGCUGGCUGCCCUUACCAAGCAAGAAACUUAAAGUCGUGUACGAGUAUGUCCAUCGACUUUGUUUCAGCUGAAAGCGUCGGUCAGUGCAUCCGCCUAUCAACGGAGUAUCGGCGUCUCCCAAAGAAUCAUAGUUGUAAGGAAGACAUGCUGCAGGUGAAGAGAUUGGUUCUUAGUGCUGUCUGCCAAGCUGUGCAGUACUUGGACAAGAUUGAUGCUAUGACGUUAAGAAGUCCAUUUGCACCCCCCUUUGAGCAUGGGAAUGUACGCCAUAAUCCAGCUCAGCAAGGGGAGAGACCUAGUAUUUUACAAAUGAGGAGGGAGUUGGAGAGGAUGAAAUUGGCUCUCGUAACGAAAGGCCACCUUUUUCAACCUCAUAUGAAAGACUAUCUCUUAAAAGAGAUUACGCUCCUCACUAAUAAAAUAAACUCCAGUGCUGGCUCUUCUUCAUCUUAGUUACACCAUUUUCAAUGGCCUGUUAGCAGUGGGUAUUGGGCUUGGGUGCUCAUGAGAAAUUCACAAAACGUAGUAAGAUAAGCUGGCGUGGCGCUGACGUGGCGUGGCUGGAUAAGGCACAAUUUAUUGCGAAUCGCUGCAUUGACUGCCGGCCUUAUCACGCUAUCUUGUUCCUCAAUGAAGGAAAAUUCAGAUGAAGCGGCCCAAUCUGAAGGGGAGAUACGUAUACCUAGUCUUGCAUAAGUGAAGAGGGAGUUGGAGAGGAUGAAUUUGAUUCUCGAAACAAAAGGCCACCUUAUUGACCCUCAUAUAAAAGUCUAUCUUUUACAAGAGAUUUUGCUCCUCCUUAACAAAGUAAACACCGACGCCGAGUCUUCUACGUCUCAGUGACAGCGUAUCUACCGAUGCGUUAACGUUUUUCAUUAUGUAAUUUUGAGCAAUACCUUUUCUUUUUUUUCCGGUUUUGUGAGUUGUAGUGAGUUUGGUGAAUCAGCUUGACAUGAAUGAACUGUUUGUUUUUUAUUAUAAAAUAUAUCUUUAAUUCCGUAGCAA